ACAAACAGUAUGCCCUGUGUGCUGACAAACAACCUAUUUGUCAUCUCUCAUUUCUCGAACGUAAAUUCGUUGAACCCAACGCAAGAAAAUGAAUAAAAUGUCGUUUGCCAAUGAGAUAUCGGACAUGUCGAUGGGACUUUUAGGAGGCGCUAUCACACUUAUACUGGGCGUGGCUCUCUUUAUCGCAGUGCAUCGUUGGAGGUUGCAUCGCAGGCAACGCCUCAGCAUGGCUCUGGUGCCCUGGGCCGGACGCUCCGUGGUCCGGGUGGAGAAUUUUCAGUAUCCCCUUGAAACGGAGGACCAGAAGGCUAUGUGGAUGCAGGCACGCUACAUUCAUUAUCCGCCAAUGGAUCUGGGCGACGAUACGAUGCCGUUGGAGUAUGAGACGCAAAUGGAUAUCCUCGCCGACAUGCAGGAAAUGUAUCGCAAUGGAACGCUUUUCCCCCAUCACCGGCGACAGCAACGAUGGCCGCUGUAUCGAUGGAAUAUAGUAAGCCAGUAAUCCAUGUGGCAUGUUUUGAAUAAAAUUCAUAGUGUGA